AUGGGACAUACUGUUUUUGAGCCACAGUUCUUCAAGAUUACGGAGCUAAAAGAAAAGGUGGGUAUGGUUCAGCUAAUAGAAAAUACAAAAGUUCCUGUUACGUUCAAUCAGCUGAUGAAAAGUGAAGAUGCUUUUACUCAUAUUUUUGUAUUUGAUGAAAAAUCAAUUGAAGUGCCAAGCCUUAUUGCAUUUUGUCGGUAUUUCAAGAUAGAACUGUACAAAUUGUGCCCAGACGACAUCAGAGAAAUGAAGAGUAAAAUCAAACACUCACAGAUUGUUUGUAUUCCGGCUGGUUUUCCUGGAACUGAAAAGCUAAAAACUAUACUUGGAAGCUUGAAAAGCACGAAGAUAGCCGAGGGUAUUUGUAAGAUUAGAAUAUAG